AAUGGCAACAAACGAGGAUCGAUAAUAUUUUAAGACAGGAAUAGUAGGAUUUGUAUUCAUGUAUUCAAUGUUUAAAUUUGGUCAUUAUUUUAACAAUAAUCGUAAGACAAAGAAUCAAAUUAAAAAAAUGAAAUAAUAUCCUAUAAAAAAUGUCUCAGAAGUAGCAAAGGAGGUUUAAAAUCAAUAGAAAUCAAAUAUUUAUUUUAUUGAAGGAAUUCCACAAAAAGGAUCUCUAUAUUCAACAUUUAAAAAAAUUCCUGUAAUAUUGCGUAUUAAAUAAAGAACAUCACUUUUUUCAUGUGAUUCAUUCUUGGAGCCAAGAAUAAAAUUUGAUUGGAAAGAGUAAAAUAAAAAUUUAACAAUAGGGCGAGCUCUUCAUCUGAUUAUUAAAUAGAUAAGCCAUUAUUUUUUGGUUUAAAGGACAAAUAAAAUCAGACAGAAGCUUAUGUAUCUAUAAAUGAUGAUACUGAUAUUACUACAGCUUUAAUGAGUUUUGGUUUUAAGGAUGAAAAACGUUCUCUAUCAUUUGCAGAACAUAUUGGAAAUUAUGCAACAAUUUUCUAUUCAUCCUUAUUUAGAAUUUUGGGACCUGCAGCCCUUAUUUAAGUCCUUUUUAGAGAUGGCUCAUUUAGAGGAGUACAUAUAGGAUAUAGAGAUAAUGAAUUUGGUAUAAAAACAGACGGAUUUUUGUCAGUAUUAGGAUAAGCAGUAUAUAAUACUGAAACAAAGAAAAUAACAAUUGAAAAUCCUUUGGCAUUAACUUUAUCUAAGAGCAAUUUCAUCUAUUAAUUGGAAAAGAAGUUAUAAGAGAAUGGAGUGGCAUUUAAAUUUUGGUUUACAUUGUCAUUUCUUAGUGGUUUGUAUAUUAGUAGGAGAGUAUUUUUGUUUCACAAAAAACAUCCUAAAAUAUUAAAAAAAGUGAUUGCUUUAUUUAAAAAGUUAUUUAAAAGAAAACAAAAAAGAGAGGAAAAUAAUAUUAAUAAUGAAAUAGCUAAGCCAUUAGAUAAUGUAACUGAUGAAAAGAAGGCAGAAGCAAAUGAAACACCUACGGAAUUAUAAUGAU